AUGUGUCAGGGUGAGCGAGAAAUAAAGAAGAAACAAACUUCUUACCCCACAGCUACCCCUGCACCUAUUUAUCUAUCCUCACAUAAGGUCUUCCAUUUUUUAUAUUUCCACAUAUUCCAAUAUAUUCUAUAUUUUUUUUUUCCUCUUUUAUUCCAGAACGGUGAACUGUUCAUGCUUACCUACGGUGCUUUAGUUGCUCAAUUAGUAAAAGAUUAUGAAAGUGAUGAGGAAGUUAAUAAACAACUAGAAAAGAUGGGUUACAAUAUGGGUAUACGCCUAAUUGAAGAUUUCUUGGCCAGAUCCAAUGUGGGCCGAUGCCAUGACUUUCGAGAAACUGCAGAUGUCAUUUCAAAGGCUGGCUUUAAGAUGUACUUGGGUAUCAUCCCUGUUGUCUCCAACUGGAGUCCUGCUGGUGAUGAAUUCUCUUUGCUAAUCGAGAACAAUCCUUUAACAGAAUUUGUCGAACUCCCAGCCAAUCACAGCUCCUUAAAUUAUUCCAGUAUUUUAUGUGGUGUUCUCAAGGGAUGUCUAGAAAUGGUGCAAAUGGACGUCGAUGUGAAAGUUGUGCAGGAUCAACUGAAAGGUGACAGUAUAACAGAACUUCGAUUGAAAUUCAUCAAACGCCUCGAAGAUGCAUUACCUGCUGGAGAAGACUAGCGAUUUCCUUUUUUGUUUUUGUUUUUUUUUUUCCUUGUUGUUUAUUUUUAUUUUUUAUUUUCAUUUCUGUUCAAUUUCUAAAAAAAUAUUUUUUAUUUGUUUAUUUCAAUAAAUUAUUAUCUCUAUUCCACUU